AUGUACUUGAGGUACUGGCCGGCAGGCAGUUAUAGUACCUACAAGGUAUUUGAAUAUACUGGAGAAUUCACUAUGAUAGGUAUAGUCACCGAAUAUGUAUUCAAGGGUGUUAGAAUUGCCAAGUCGAUGAUUCUCUUCAACGCUGCCAAGAAGAUCAACAACAACAAAGAGGUCCCCUAUUUACGCCGACCAUGA